CGUUCCUCUCCCGGCAGAGUGCGUCCCGCUCCACACACACGCACACUCCGGGACUCACCCUGCUUCCAGGCAUCGAGCUGGAUCGUCUCUCCCGCUCCUCCUGCUGGAUAUCGCAGACGAACAGUUUAAUGAACCCGAGUAGAUUCAGCUUCUAGCACACAAUCCCCUCUAUUUCUAAUCAGUUGUUUGUUUUGGUCACCUUUCACAACCCAGUGCUUUUGGAUUACGGAGGACAUAGAGCAGCCUGAACGCGUAACUCUGGAAAUCAUGGAAUUAUGGAUAAAGUUGGUGUUUUUUUACAGUUGCUGUUUUGGAGCAAAUGCGGACUUCGAUCGCAGGUGGCCUCGGCAGAUGGCAUCAUCCAAUGGCCUGUGUCGAUAUGGGGCCAGGGUGGACUGCUGCUGGGGAUGGACGCGCCGCUCCUGGGGUCACUGUCAGCCUUUCUUCGCCUUAACUCACAGAGUAGCCGGGAUAAGGUGCCAGCCCCGAGCUGUGUGCCAGCCUAGCUGUAAGCAUGGAGAGUGUGUUGGACCCAACAAAUGCAAGUGCCAUCCGGGCUUCACGGGCAAGACCUGCAAUCAAGAAGAGACGUUGGACUAUUUAACCCCCCCGGUGUGGGGCGGCCACCUUCCCGUCUUUCUUCCCGUGGACCAUCACCCAGUGGGAGUAGUGACGGAGGAUCUAAAUGAGUGCGGGCUGAAGCCGAGGCCCUGCAAACACAGGUGCAUGAACACAUAUGGGAGUUACAAGUGCUACUGCCUAAACGGCUACAUGCUGAUGCCUGAUGGGACCUGUGGAAACACUCGCAGUUGCGCCAUGGCCAACUGCCAGUACGGCUGCGAGGUGCUGAAAGGAGAGGUCCGAUGUCAGUGUCCGUCGCCGGGCUUGCAGCUGGCUCCAGAUGGAAGAACCUGUGUGGAUGUCGAUGAAUGUGCAGCAGGGAUAGCAGUGUGUCCCAGGUUCAGGAAAUGUAUCAACACCUUUGGUAGCUACAUCUGCAAGUGCCACGAAGGGUUCGACCUACAAUACAUCAAUGGGAAAUACCAGUGCAUGGAUGUGGAUGAAUGCUCUUUAGGUCUGAGCCACUGCAGCAACUUCGCCACCUGCUACAACACGCCGGGCUCAUACAAGUGCAAAUGCAGAGACGGCUACAGGGGGAUGGGGCAUGACUGUAAACCCAUUCCAAAGGUGGCGAUUGACCCCCCGAGACCAGGCAAACUGCCUCCCAAUCAUCACAACCACAUCCCAGACUUGGAUCACAAAAGGAUUACCACAGUCCACCCACCAGUGACUUCAAAGAAAACCUUCACCAUUGUUCCAAAAUCACCAUCCAAAACUACAACCAAAGUUCCACCGGUCCCUGGGAGGAUCACUCAACCUCCACGCAAACCAGCAGUUCCCACUCGAAAGCCCUCCACCUCUACUAGAAAGCCAUCAAUUCCCACACGAAAACCCUACAUCCCACCGAGGCCAGUGGCUCCCACAAGAAAACCCAUACUACCAACACCCCCACCAGUUACGCUUGUAGAUAACACCAUCCAGAGGGAGGUCACCAAACAAAGAGGAGAUGUGCACAUCCCUAGGAAUCACGGCCACAACACUGUUCUGGACACAGACUUUGAUAUUGAGCUCGGCAACACAGCAGUUGAACCCAAGGAUGACCCAGACUCGGGACAUUUGAGCUGCUCCUUUGAUGAUGGUCUUUGUGGUUGGAUCAGCAACAAAGAUGGAGACCUACACUGGGAGACGACGCCUGAUCCAACAGGGGGACGGUAUCUCACUAUCCCAGAAACAGAAAACAAGAGGACCGGACGAGGGGCCCGGCUGGUGCUCCCGCUCACCCCACCGUGGAAUGAUGGCAAUUUGUGCCUGUCAUUCCGGCACAAGCUGGCAGGUCAUCAUGUGGGGAUGCUUCAAGUGUUUGUGAAAAAGGAAAAGCAGUUCAGUCCUGCAGUGUGGGGCCGAACGGGUGGCAAUGGCUGGAGGCACACCCAAAUUACUUUAUGGGGUACAGGCCUGGAAAGUGUUAUCUUGAAGGGAGAGCGCGGGAGAGGCCGAAGUGGAGAGAUGGCGGUAGAUGAUAUCACCUUGAGAAAAGGCUCCUGCACAGAGGAGCACAAUCUGAGGAGACUCUGACUGAAAGAACAGUGAAGGGCAGACAAAAAGAACAACGAAAGACAGAAUCUUCUUAAAGAGAAUUGACUCUGUGGCGACACCUCCUUGCUCUGCUCUGAUCCUUGCUUCUUCCCAUCUCAUCUCCGCAGCCCUCCUGUGAGUGGCAUCAAAAAAUAUACCAAUUCAGAAAAGUGUUCAGGAGAUAAAUAGGAGGUUCCUCCUAUUUAUCUGUCCAUGAACAAGAAGGACUCAGUCGAAUCUCAUGGGGGUAUGUUUGGCAUCACUCUUUGGUCCUCUUACCCCACAAUUACAAUUUUCUGAAAUCUGCAUGUACGGAUUUAUUAUGGAAAUGUACUAAAUCUCAUAUAGCUCUGGCAGCUUUCAGCCACACCAGGAAGAUACAUCCAUUCAUGCAUUUCUCUAGAGAUCGGUCUGUUCCUUUGCUUAGCACCUUUGGUUUGUCCAAAUAUUAUAACACAAUCUAUAGCUUCUAUUUCACUUGCUGGUGAAUCACACAACCAGACAUGCAGUAAGUGGCUGUUUUUGAUCAGAAAACAUAUGAAACUUGAUCUGGUUGUAUUUUUAAGACACGUUCCAUUUGCUAAAGUUGGAUUUUAUAAUCAGAUUUUUCUAAAUGGAUGUAAUUCCAGAGUUAAUUGGAGGUCACAGUGCCACAAUUCAAUGCAUAAGUAAGUUGUCAAAUAAAUGUUAAUAUAUGUGAUAAAUUAUCUAAAUAUGAUCAACAUAUUGAUUUAUAGUGUAAAUAAUACAUUAAAUAUAUUUAAAGUAAA